CAUCUCGACAUACUUGAGUAUAUGUAAGAUGCCGUUAAGUGUUGGGAGGCCGAGUUUGCCUGCGAGAGUGAGCACGAGUAGCGUCAGCAGUAGACAGCAGCUGUCGGAGGUGGUGGAUGAUGUCGGUGCUGGGGAGCGGUUGCGUGGGAUCUUGGGGAAGGGGGUGGAGGUGCGGAGGGAUGUGCAGACGUUGAAGGAGUUGAGGAUGCUGAUUCAGCAAGACGGUCUACCAAUCGAAAGUGAUGACGGAAUGAACACCCACCGCCCUUACGUCUGGUCAAUCCUCCUUGGCGUCCCCCCCACCGCCUGGGAAACCUACGCCUCCCUAAUCUCCCUCGGCCAAUCCCCCUCUUACUCCAAAAUCCGACAAGACACGUUCCGUACACUCCCCACCGACCCUCUCUUCAAACGCCGUGUGCAAGAAUCAUCCCUGAUCCGUCUCUUGAACGCGUUUGAUUGGACACAGCGGAACGAGAGGGAGGAAGCUGGAGGGAAGGGGGACGAGGUUGGGUAUGUACAGGGAAUGAACGUGCUUGCUGCGCCGUUUUUGUAUAUGGCGAAGAGUGAGACGCAGGCGUUUGCGUUGUAUAGUCGGUUCAUUACGCAUUGUUGUCCGGCGUAUGUUAAACCAUCCUUAGAGGGUGUACAUCGUGGCCUCAGGCUCCUCGACAUCUGUCUCUCCCUCAUCGACCCAGAACUUUCCUCUUACCUCCGCUCAAAAGACCUCACAGCAAAAAUCUAUGGAUUCGCUUCUGUCCUUACACUCUCGGCCUCGACCCCGCCCCUACCCGAAGUCCUGAUAUUAUGGGACUUUCUACUGGCACGCGGAGUUCACCUCAACAUCCUCUGCAUCAUCGCCCAACUCGUCCUAAUCCGUAACGAACUCCUCUCAUCCCCGAGUCCGGGCACGUUGUUGCGCUCCUUCCCACCCCUCCAAGCACGCAAACUGAUUGGGUUGUGUUUCGGGUUCUUGCAUAAUUUCAUACGGCAUGAAAAGGAGUUGUAUAGGAUGUUGGCUAUGCAUACGUAUGAUGAGGAGGUCGGGAAGGAGAUUGACGGGUUGGAUGCGGAGAGGUGGAGGCCCAUGGCUGGGAAAUGAUUAAAGCUAUGUGAACACCAACCGGGCUGGACCUGGUGUAGAUGAGAUACCCCU